CAAUUAAUUUUAUAAUAACAGCGCUUGAUUUAUCGCCGAGACCGCUGGAGGAGGAAAAUAUUCUAUCAGGUUGAUAGUCGAGGAUCCUCCACGCAACUGCUCCUCUCUUGCUCCAACCGUUGCUUUAGACAAGAACAAACAUUGUUCCGUGAUAGUUGUUUUACGAGUUUUAUUUAGAAAGCCAUUGGUGCCCAUACGUCUCUUAAUGCAACAGGUGUGUUUUAUUCCUUGUGGAUGGAUCUUCGUCUUUUUAUCCAGUUCUCUGGUAGUAAAGCAAUAAGGGGUUAAUCUUUGUUUAUUUUCCAAAGCCGCAUCAUUAUUCAUCCGGUUUUUAUACGGGCGCGUAAUUAAAGCCAUAAAUUUUCAAAAUUUCAACACACUCCAUGUAACUGUUCUUUUUUUACAUCGUCCCCACAAUAGACGCGUGAAAAUCGUUCGGUUUCUUAUGUCACACCUCUCACACGCCGGAUUAACCAACCAACGCAAAAUUGCUUUUAAAUAACGGAUUUAUUAACUAAUUGGAUAGUGUAUGCAAUUAAUGGCAAUUUACACCUACACGAAUUAGGCGACUUAAUUAAUUAACGCCAGGCUUUCGAUUGCGCCAUUUCGAGGACGCACAGCUAGUAUACGGGGUGGUCCCAUAUUAAUCAACGGAUGAAUGUAUAAAAUUGCCUGAACCCUCGGAACAGCACCGGUGCUAAAUCAAGUUAUGUCAUGGAGAAAGUGAUAGAAAAAGUCCCAGUAAAUUUCCAUCUGAACUUGACGGUGAAUUCAUACGCCGUCAAGACUGAUUUAUUUUAUGAUCAUAACAGUACUUUUCAGUUUUUCCAAAGUCUGUAAUGAACUCUUGAUCUAUACACUUGGCUGCAUUAAAUGAAGCGGAGACUGGAUAUAAUUACAUAAAUAACAUUACGUAUCAGGUUGCAACACAAAAUAAAUAAUGUAAACAAAUUGUGGGCGUGUGUAUUUUUUGAAAUGAAAUGAUUUAAUGGAAGCGUCUCCGAAUUCCAGCCUCAUCAAGCAUAUUUAAAUGAGGCAAUUAAGACAGCAAUUGGUGUAAAUGAGUAUCACGAUCAGAAGUCAAGUCUCGGUGUGUUUGAGUGGUCCUGUGAAAAGGAAGAGCCACAAUGGUCCCAACAAUAUCCACUAAGUAUUGUUUGAUAGUCGCACGUGUCGUAUCCUGUACCUUGCUCUGAUUGGUCGUCCAAGACCCCACACCUUAACGCAUGCACAGGUAGAGGGUGGCAUCCUUCUUCAUCAGUGUUGUCCUGGACUUGUUACCACAACGCAGUUUUCUUUUCAAUUCGAAACUAUAAUAGACUUGUGCGAGUGUUGUUCGUAAAUGUGGUCCAUUGUGGGAUUAUUCAAGUGAUUACAAACAACAGGAGAAUAAUCGUAUCGCGAUGCGUUUGAACAUGCUGAUAUACCUCAUAGUGGCAUGUUGUUGGGGUAAAUCUCUCUCGAUACCUCAACAAAUACUCAAUGAAUUCAAAUCGACACUGUUGCCCCUUUUCGGACUCAAAGAACAGCCGAAAAUCGAAGGCAAAGUGCAAGUACCAGAAGCUUUGAAGAAGAUCUACAACAUUCAGAAUAACUUCGAGUACGACACAGCAUCCUUGCCCCUUCCGGGACUCUACACCAAAAGUGCCAACACCAUACGGAGCUUCACCCAUGUGGAAAGUCCAAUCGAUGAAAAGUUCGUGCACCCUCACCGCUUCCGCUUGAAAUUCAAUAUUUCAUCAAUUCCUCGACACGAAAAACUCACAGCGGCCGAAAUAAAACUAACCCGUGAAACGGCCAAAAACACAUCACACCCCUUUCAACGUGUCUUAGUCCACGACAUUCUCCAACCUGGUGUCAAGGGCCUCCACGGCCCCAUCACCCGAGUGAUUGACUCAAAAGUGGUCGACUCUCGAAAAAACACCACCGUGAGCAUCGACGUCUUCCCGGCAGUGGCUCGCUGGAUGCAAGACCCCAAAACCAACCACGGCAUCCUCAUUGUGGUUUACUCCAUUGGGGCGAAAAAAUCACCCCCAGAGAAACACCUAAGGCUGCGGCGCGACACAGCCCCCCCACAGUGGUACCAACACCAACCCCUUCUCUUCACCUACACCGACGAUGGUAAGAACCAGCAAAGGACAGGGACGGAGCUGACGAAAAUGCGGCCCAAACGACAGAGUUCGCGCAGGCACCGGAAAAAUCUGAAAGACCCCUGCCGGAGACGGCAGAUGUACGUCGAUUUCGGUUCCGUGGGGUGGAACGACUGGAUCGUGGCCCCCUUGGGCUACGACGCGUAUUAUUGCGGGGGCGAGUGCGAGUACCCCAUUCCAGACCACAUGAACACGACGAACCACGCCAUAGUCCAGAGCCUGGUCAACUCGAUGAAGCCGAAGGAGGUGCCAGGGCCCUGCUGCGUGCCGACGCAGCUGGGGCAGAUGUCCAUGCUGUAUCUGGGCAGCGACGGCAGCGUCAUCCUAAAAAACUACAAGGAGAUGGUGGUGGUGGGGUGCGGCUGCCGAUAGUGUCAUCUCCAGAUGGUGAAACGAUAUCUGUGAUCAGGAUUGGGGACCAAAAUAGUGUCUGUGAUCUUAAAAACUUUGAGACUGCUUGCAGCUGCAUAGUCCCAGUGAGAACUGACUGAUUUUUUGUGCUAUUUGGACUGGGUGAAGUGGAAUCUGUGAUUGUAAUUUUAAUUCAUUGCGAAACUAAUCUGCACCCUUCGAGACAUUCACGUGACUGAAACAUGCUCGUUUAAUGUCUCAACUGCAGUCGAUGUGAAAGUUAUAAGUCGGAAAUUUACUUGUAUUCAAAUAUCGAGUCCAUGCAAUUGAGUCAAGUGUAAUAUAUUAGUACCUGGAUAAGGAGUAUUUAUUGAUUAUUUUAUAGGUAUGUGCAUAUUGUACAGAUUAAUUUGUAAUAUAACUUGCAAGCAUUGUUUCUUAACGUUAUGUAAGCUUUUGUACAGACUGUAUAUAUUAAAAUAUUUUAUUCUU